UCCCAUUCUCCUGAAUUCGUGUUUUUUUUUUCUGUUGACCGCUGUAUUCCAUCGGGCGCUAUACGAGCAAACUCUGCCCCGCGCAUUGAGCGGGCAAUGGCGGCGGCCGAGGGCGCACCGCAGUUUCGCGAGUUCCAGUGGCUGCCAGAGACCGCCAAGUCGCUCAUCGCCGCGUCGCUCACUCCCAAAGAUGCUGUCUCCUUUGCGCUCACCUGCAAGGACCUCCGCGCCAUAGCGCGCCCUUUCAUCGCCCGCGAGUUCGCCUGCAAGGCGUGCGGCGCCCGCCUCUUCUCCCCGCGUGUCCUCAUCCCCUGCACCACCCGCCCCCCUCCUCUCCUCUCCGCUCCCUCAUCCGCUCCGCCAUCCGCCCCUCCCCGCCCGCGCAACGUUCCGCCUCCCCGCCUUCGCGCGUCCGCCGGGCCUACCAGCGUCGCGGGCGUCUCAUUGCGCAGCAGCAGCAACCGCGCAUCUCCCGCCGCCCUCUCGUCUCCAUCUGACGGCUGCGCAGCGCCGCCAACAAGCGCGCCGUGGGUGCCGCCGCUGCUGCUGCUAGACGACGGCGCGGCGGCGUGCGUGCAGGGGGAGGAGGUAGGGGAGAGGGAGGGGGAGUGGUCGAUACGCGCUGUGCAUUCCAACGUGCCCUUCAUCGCCGUGCCGCGCUUCUCGGGGCGGGCAUGCGCGCACCUGAUGGACGCCAGCACUCUGCACUGUGUGCGCUGCCGCCUCUUCCUCGGCAUCCAAGUCCGCACCGUCUUCCCCCGCCUCGCCGCGUCCCCCUCCUCACCCCCAUCCGCCUCCCCCCCUCCCUCACUCGCGAUCGCCUCCCCCUCCUCUCCCCUUCCUCCUCCGGCUCAACCUUCUCCUCGCGCGUCCUCCCCCCCCCAUCCUCCCCUAGUGCCCCCACUGCCGCGCUCGUCCUUGCAGCCCCUCCACCCGCCAGACCUGCUCCGCCUCCCCCGCUCGCCGAUCCUGUUGCCACAGCAGGAGCACUUGUAGUAGGUGACAGAGCGGCAUGGGUUGGUGGGCAGCAGCAGGGCCUAUACGCAGCGGAGGCGAAGAUGUUCCUGGUUCGCAAGUACCUCGACCUGGUGCGACCCAGCAGGUUCUCGGGACUACCGGGAGCAGCAGCACUGCUACCAGUACCAAUGCAAGCAGCAGCACCGUCAGCAGCAGCAGCUGCAGCGGUGGCGGCAGUGGGAGGGGUGCAGGGGCGUGUGCACGUGUAUGCAGACGGGUUAUCAGGCGAGGGGGAUGGCAGGCAGGUGGUGCUGUGCUCUGGGCGCAGGGGGCAUGUGGGUGGGGGCACGGGGGGCAAGAUGCCGUGCCUCAACCCGCUGUUCCAGUCACACCAGGUGCUGAGCGCUCGGCACUGCUGGGACGCAGGCAGUGGCACGGAGAUAGCAGUCUACUGCAACGCGCUGCACGCAGGUGCCUUCCUGCUCUCCAAGCCGCGCACCGAGGAGCUCGCACAGGGCGCCAUGGAGGUCGCUGACGUGGCAUGUGCCAGGUGUCGCGCGUCCAUUGGGUGGAAGUUCUGCUCGCUUGGGGGGCAUGGCACGGACCUGAGGAACCUGAACCAGGUGGGCAGGUUUGGCAUCGUGCUGUCAUCCAUCCACCGAGGCAAGGAGUUUCUCCCGGCUUGGCGGGCAGCUUCGGUGUGGGAGGACUCAGAGGAGGACGGGGAUGAGGAGGAAGAGGAAGAUGUUGAUGAAGAGGAGGAAGAAGGGGAGGAGAAUGCUGGUGAGGUGGGUGAGGGGGGAAGAGGUGAUGUGAUGGAGGAAGGGCUGGCUGAAGGAGGCAGCAGUGCGACAAGUAGCAGCGGAACCAGCAGUGCCAGCGGUGGUAGCAGCAGCAGCAGCAGCAGCAGCAGCAGCAGUGGCAAUGGUGCAGGCAUAGGGAUGCGCAGGGGCGAGAGGAGUGGGAGGAGUGUGUGGAGUGUGCGAGCACUGUCGCGCAUCUGCCGUUACCACCCAGCGGAAUAGUUGCUCCACGCUCCAUGCUCCACACUCCACACUCCACGCUCCAUGCUCCGUGCUCCAUGCUCCAUGCUCCAUGCUCCGUGCUCCGUGCUCCGUGCACUGGCAGCCACUGUGCACAUCAGGGCGUGAAUGGGUACUCCAUCCAAGGGUCUCUCUUGGCUGCAGUGUGUACAUACCGUAAUCUCCCGGCAUAAUUACCCCCCCGAAAAAGGGACUCUGGGUCUUUUUUCCGGACCAUGGGUCUUAACAUUGUAAAGGGAUUGUGAGGACCCGCUGUUUGGGGUAAAUCAUUUAAGGACCCCCCCCCCCCCCCCCCUUCAGUUUUAAGUGGUUUUCCUGGCAGUUUUUGCUCAAUUUCAAAAUGUGUCAUGCACUACAAAGUCAACUUCCACA